AUGCCUGUCCUAAUCGAUUGCAACGGCGCGAGCAGCUCGGAACCAGAAAGAGCACUACCAGCAACCUCUCUUUCUCUGCAUGACUUGCUUCGGCUCUACUGUCGCGAGCGUUUGUUUGUACCGCAUCAACCAAGUCACAGCCCAUCGCAGCAGCUCGUCUCCGAUCCAAGCCUCCCACCAUCAGGUGAAAGCAGUCGUGACACCGAACAGGACGAACCCUGGACGGCAGUUGCGGCGUAUUACUUGACGGGCAUAGCCAAUUGGAAUCGCAAAUAUGGGCGACGAAAUGCCAUACCUGCGCUGUUGGACUUCGAGCCUCUUAAGUAUGAUCACUCCAGGAGAUAUCUUUACUUCGGUUUCGGCAGCCAACGCAUCGAGAUCCCUUGCGUCGUGUUUGGCAGUUGUCUUCGCAGUCCCCUCGAAGGAACCAAGCUCCAACCCAAUGCAGCAGCAAGCGCGGAGGCCCGAUUCCCAUUUGUCGUGUGGCUAGAUCACGGUCACCAUAUCAGCAAGCAGCGCAAGCGACGCUUCAAGAACCCCAAACGUUGGAACCCGCCCGUGGCUCUCCUUCACCGCAUCCGCCUCAGCCGCAUCACGCCGACCGAUUAUUCCCGCGACCCAUACAUCGCUGCUGUUCUGAUUGCGCUGGCUCAGACACAGAGACAGUGGAUCUCUCAGCACGGAGAUGGACAUGCUGAUAUCGCGCGCGGCGUCUUUACGGCCAGACUCCUCCUAAGCGACAAACAAGACAAGGAAACAGUGCACCUCUACACAGCCGAUAUCUCAGCUUCGUUCCUCGACAAGCUCGCCCAGCCGUCCGAGACGCCCGCCGCCGCCGCCCCGACGUCGCUGGACAUGGUAUGGGAGGCCGUGCGCCUCGCGCCGGCGCCGUCGCUGCGGGACCGGGUCUUCGCGCUCCUGUUCCUGGAGGGCGAGAAGGGGCAGCGGCUGGGCGACGAGAAACGUGGUGGUGUGGAUGUCGCUGGUCGCGAUGUUUUGGUCGAGGGCUAA